GCUGAUUCUUCCUUCAUAUGAAUAUCCCAGAAAGCCAGCUGCCCUUCAAUUCUCAAUAACCUAUCUCCGAGGUUCAUCAUGCAACAGUGAUGAACGUCUACAACACUUUGGAAUGAUUCUGAUUCGAUGUUUACAGGAGCUCAAUAGAUGCGAAAACUUACAACGAACUGAUAUUGCCUUACGAGUCCGUCCUAAUCAGCCAUGUGCCCUAAGCACUCUAUAUAACCCCUUUACCACAAAGCUUGACGAUCGAGUUACCGGUACUGCAGAAUGAAUAGCAUCUCACGAUGACAAUGUGCCAUUCAACAAGGAAGCAGAACGUGUCGCGAAAUGUAUUGACUCCCGCCGUAAAAAUGCAGCGACGAAGCAGAAAGCGAGCUAUCAAAUUUCUUGCCCCACACGACUGUAGUAUGCCAAGGAGAAAGCAUUUUUCUCGGUAACAAUUGACAGUCGAACGAAAUUGGAAGAAUCGAGGUGUAAUGUAGGCCCAUGACAGGGCGCGUCCAAUCUAUUUUUUGCCAAUAUGCCACAAACAUGUGUGCUCCGGCCACAGAGAGUAUUGCACUUUGGCGCCAAUUUUUUGAGGCCUUAGGAUUGCAAGCCUUUCGAAACCGGGUUCUCGUCGCAGUUUGCGCGCUCGAAGUCCGCCGCAAUUGUUGUCUGAAUCUUUCUCGAGACCUGGAAAUGCAGGAUGGCGAGCGUGGAUCUCGUAGGCAGCGUCAGAUUUGGGAUUCUGUGAUGUGUGGCAAAAAGUUUUGAGGGUGCGGGUGGUGUGAUUCAUUCGAUGUCAUUGUACUUUCUGAAACAUCGGUUGCAGGUUUUAGAGGUUUAGGAAUAACCCUGGUCAGGAAGAAAUGAAGAAGGAAGUUACAAGGCAUUCAUGUGUCCAUAUUCCGGAAGUCUCGCUUGGAAAUCAUCGAAAUGAAAUACAUAUACUCGACCACGUACUUGAGAAAGGGUUUUACACCGUGCCUCCAGUUCGCGAGUUCUUUGAAUUUAAGGUCGAGUUGGGCACCGCCUCCUAUACCUAAUUUAUUAGGACUCCUUUGAUCGGAUUUUCAUCCUUGCUUUGUGAAUGAGGGUAUUAUUUCGAUGGAAUACAUCGUGAUCGACGCAACCCAGAAGCUCAGGAAAUUUCUGUGUUGUGGAUUUUGCUACUUGUGCUGGAGUAGUGGCGAGGUUAGAAUGUGUACUCGUGCGUGAAUUAUCCUCGCCUAAGCAUGCGGAUACUUUUCUACUCCUCUAAAGUGAAACUUGAAGCUGUAGUUUGCCGAAGUGUCAGUGCUGCCAGUUUGUGAAGUGAGGCAUCAUGGGUAGGAGGGGCAAGAAGGCGGAUGGCCCGGAAGGUAUGAAAGCCUGUUAUAGGGCUGCUAAGGAGAGUGGAGAUCGGGAAGAAGAGGCUCGCUGGGCUAACCAAAUUGGUCAUGCUUACAAAGACCGUGGUGACUAUGUGGACGCUCUUACCUGGUUUCGUUUGGAUUACGACAUUUCCGUGAAACGACAAUUCGACGGCCCGCGCCUGAAUUUGAUGCCAACUUGCCAGUCGCUCGGAGAGAUCUACCAUCGCCUUGGGGAUUAUCGACAAGCCCUGCACUACCAGGAACGGCAUUUAGAGCUUUCUGUGGAAGCAAAUGAUCUGGUUGAGCAACAAAGGGCUUACACGCAGCUGGGACGAACAUACAUGGAUAUGUAUGAGUUUCAAGAAGACGUGCUGGCAUUGCCUAAAGCAAAAGAUUCAUUCAAUAAGGCUAUGGAGCUUGUUAAAAAGCUGAAAGCCAAUCCUGUGCCGGGCUAUGCCUCAACUUAUAUUGUAGAACUGGUUGAUGCUUAUAACAACCUUGGUACAAUGAAGAUGGUUACUGAUGAACCUUUGGAAGCACGAAGACUUUUGUUGCAAGGACUUAGAAUAUGUGAUGAAGAAGAGGUUGGCCAGAAUGAUGCUGCUAGGACCCGAGUGCACCACAACUUGGGGCGCCUUUACGCGGAAAAGCGCCAGUGGGCUCAGGCCAUGUCUCAUGUAUUGAAGGAUAUUGAGAUUUGCCGAGCACUUCCACAUCCUCAAGGUGAGGUUAAAGGUUUGAUUAACUUGGCUGAUAUUCACUUCAAACAGCGACAAUACAUAGAUGCCAUAAGAUGCUACAAUCUGGCGCACGUGAUCGUAAGAAAAUUGCAGGACGAGGACGGGUUGAUGAAAACAGUGGAGACAAACAAAGAAGUUGUGGAGGCUGCUAUACCCAAAUUAAAGGCCUUUAACUUGAGUUUGGCAAAGCACAAGGAAUUGCAAUCGCAAGUGGAUACAGCUCGGGGCACAGCAUUAGAGAGAAGCCUUUGUCUGAAGGAGUUCAAAGUUUUGAAAGAGCUCAUCGGGCAGGCCUUUGAACUGCAAUAUUGGGAAGAGCAUUUAAAGCUUGCUAAACGGUUGAAGAAAGUCGUGGACGCUCUUGGAGAUUUAGAGAAGAUGGGAGAUGCAUUGGAUACUAUUGGUGAAUCUUAUUGCAAUCUUUGCAAUUAUGAAAAGGCCAAGAAAUGGCAUCUUAAGAGCUAUAAGGUCUGCCAGCGAGUGCAUCAUGACGAGGGACAAGCGGUUGCUUUGAUCAACUACGGAAAUGCCUUGGAUUCUUCUGGUGAUUUCAAAGGUGCCUUGAAAGCUUAUCAACAAGCCUAUGACAUCGUAAAAGAAAGUGGAGAUAAUCAUUUCCUUGAUUUAAAAAUCAGUGCCCUCCAGAACAUGCACUACUGCUAUGUUGUUCGUUUCAGCAAAUUCAACGAUGCAAGAGUUGUGGAAGCUGAGAUGAAAAAGCUUGAGCAAUUUAAGGAGGACCGUGAGAUUGAGAAGGAAGAGGAUAGUGAUGAUCGGUGCUCAGAAACAGAUGAUGAGGCUGAGGAAGAUACUACACAAGAGGCUAUGAACAUUGAUGAUGAAGAACUUGCGACUUCUUGUACACUUUUGGGCAGCACAUUCAACGCCCAGGGAAUUAGUGACCCACAGGGAAAAACAGAAAGCCGCACUGGUUUGGUAAGAAGAUCACAAGCACCAGACUUCCGGAAACGAUCAAGGAUGGUGUUAUCUGAUGAGGAAAGUGAAGAAUCUGAUGAUGCUAUGCUCCCAAGUCCUCCAAAGAGAAAAUAUACCCGGUCAAACGCCAGAGGCCCUAGUGCACCAAAGGAACGUCCUUCUUCAAGUGUGCGAAAAUCUAAGAGACCAGAGAGCGGAGCCCUCAACCUUUGCUCCGAUGACGACGAACCUCUAGCAACUGCUUUGGAAGCAUGUAAAGCUGCUAAACGCAAUAAAAAAUCUUCACUGAGACAUUCUAAGCUUACGAAAGAUCAAGGUAUUGAGCAUAAGAAUGUAAAUUCUCUCAACUCCAAAACUAGGAACAGUGGAUUAGCACGACGAAGUGAUGUCGUUCAACGUAGUCCAGGGCGGAGACCUAUGCAAGAGGAUGGAGAUUGGACUUUCACAAGAUCAUUGGGUACAGGCAACGCUUCUCGUAGGAAAGACGAAGACUUCAAUGAUGAAUCGCAGCCAUUAAUUCAAGUGGCUGGAGAUAUGGGUAAGACAUUAGCAAGUGGCUCACUUGUCCGGGGUUCUCAACGUGAAGCAAGAAAAUCAUCUUCAAGUCACCAAGAUGGUGCUACUUCGCACAACAGUGACACACAAGCGCGUUCUAACGUGAUUCAGGCACCUUUGAUCGUCCCCGUCAACAUCAAUGGGCAAACACUGCGUGUGAUUAUCAAGCGGUCUGAGACAGAAAGAAAUAAAACAGUUGGCUGGUUAAUGGAAGAGAUUAUUCGCCUCUACACUUGUGAUAACUCAGCAGGCAAAAAACCAGUAGUGCAGAGACUGGAGUUCAAAGGCAGUAUCCUUAAGCCGAUUCAGAUUAUUGAGGAAGUUUUGAACGAUUUUACCGCUGAUGACUCUAUAGAUGCUAUCAUUCAAGGUUGGGUGGCUAUACCUGUUGUGGAGCGGUACGAGGCGCACUGCAUUGCUGCUAAUACUAGCGUUAAUGCUGCACUCGCACUUAAGCUGAAGCUUCUCAAGGGAUCCUAUGAGGAGGUUGAUGCCUCCAGCUGUGACCUACAAGAUAUAUCGGUCAGGCCUUUGAUAAAUGCUUUGCAAGAAAACGAAGCACUCUCGUUUCUGGAUUUGUCUCAUAAUCUCCUUGGCAAUGCAACAAUAAAUGCUAUACAAGAGAUGGUAGCUGCCACCAACCAGUGUGAUUUAGGACUUACUUUGGACCUUCAUAAGAACCAGUUGGGAGCUGGUGCUCUUGUUCAGAUUGCCAAAUGCCCCGUUACUCUUUCUCGUUUGGAAGUGCUCAAACUAUCGGGAAACCGCCUUACAGAUGCUGCUGGAAGGAACCUGGCAGCCAUCGUUGGACAAAGCAAAGCUUUGGCAACUUUGGAGAUUGAGAGAUGUGGACUUACUACACGUACGAUACAGCAGAUUAGUAGUUCUUUGCAACCAGAGUCGUCGCUUGUGAAACUCUGCAUUGGACACAACAACCCAAUUGGAGGCAGUGCCCUGUCCAGCUUAUUUCAGAAGCUCUCGAGGCUCCUGAGUUUCACAGAGCUUGAUAUACGGGGUAUUGAGCUCGACGAUAAAGGAGUGCUUGCAGCUGCUUCCUUAAUGAAGUCCUCCAGUCUCUCCGUGCUCAACAUGGCAGGAUGUGAGAUUCAAAAUCAUGGUGCACAGGUCAUGUGCAAGGCCUUGGCAGGAACCACUGUGCAGCUUCUGAACCUUGACUUAUCCUCGUGUCGAUUAAGUCGAGAACCAGCUCUAGAAGUUUGCCAUAAAAUGGCAUCCAUAUAUGGGCUCUCUACACUGAAUCUCAGUAAUAAUCAACUUAGCGAACAGGGGGCAGAAGUUUUGUCUCUUGCUCUACGUCAAGAAGAGUGUCGGUGGAAGUCUCUUACUUUGGAUGACUGUUGCAUCGGUCAGACUGGUGUCCUUCUCCUUUUGCAGGCUCUCGAAGGAAACUCAGUUCUAUGGGAACUUCAUGUUGCUGGAAAUUUCAAAUUUGGGAUCACAGAAUCGUUAGCUAUGGCGAUUGUUCCAAGCAUAGACCUUGACGUGAGUAAUCAUGUAACCCAACAGACUCCGAAGUCUUCGAAUUCUGCCCUUAAUCAAGAGCAGGGUUCAGGAGUUCCUUUAAAUGGUACGGAACAUUCUAGAAGUACAUUUUCAAACUGUAAUGCACCGUACAUAAUUAAAAAGACGGAUUCGAAUCUCCAAGAAACUUCUGACCAUGAAGGUCAACAUGCAGCCAUUGACCUUGGCACCUACGAUAAGCCUUACGGAGAUGCAUUCCUGAACGAGCUUACUCAAGUAGAGGAAGGAUUUCCAGAAAUCUCUGAAAUUGUGAAGGACAUAGACGGAGGAUUGGCCGACUCAGAUUCCAAUGAGAAGCAAGCGGAUUCUCAUGUGAUAGAGAAUCUUAUCAAAAGGAUCCGAAUGGCUCAGGGGCUGGAGUGCUUAAAUAUGAAAAAAAAUGGUCUAAGCACGGAGGUUUUGAAGCAUUUGUGGGAAGCUUGGUGUCAUUGUGGAAGAACCGCAAGUACAGAGUUCGUAAGCAAGGCACACUUUGUUGUGCGAGAUGGUAGGGAAUGCUCUGCGUUAACUUCUAGCUGCGUAUAUUGUCAGCCACGAGCCCAGUGAAUGAACCUAUCUAUCCGAGAAUUGAGCAGAUUAUCAGUGACUUGGGGGACUAGCUGCAUAGUUCGUUGGAAUUUCAAUCCUGGGAAGAGCUCUAUAUUUCUCUGCAGGCGAAAAUGGCUACCAGAGUUUUGUUGAAACAGGAAAAAGCAUACUAGGAAUAGACGGGUAGAAAUUUUAUGUUGCUCUUUCAGCAACACAGCCCCGUGUGUGCCCCGGUUGUUAAUUUCGUUCGGAUCGUUCAAAUCGGACAGAAUCAUGGACAGGAUCUUGUACCUGAAGACCUGAAUGUUCUGGAGAAGCCUUUCACAAUCGACGGAACUGGUAUCAUAUGCUGGAGUAUGUUCAGUGAAAAGCUCAGCAUAUUAGUCCUAGCACGAUGUGUGCAUCUGCGAAGUGUAUAAUAAAGGUGACCCUCCUUUUUACUCUCGCAAGGCAGAUAAUUUUCAAGAUUGAAGACUUUGAACCAGCAAUUGGCUGUAGUGUAAAGGGAACUCUCUUAGGGUAGAUAAUUUAAGCCACUUAAUUUUUGUGGGUUAUUGAUACCUUUCCUGAGAAAACCGUGUGCAUGAUUGCGCACACUGAGACUAAUCACCUCGCUUCAAGAGGCAUAUCAUUGUGUAUUGUUGAGAAUCGAUAUCGAAUGCAGCUCAGUUCUGUUGAAAA